CUGCUGAUUUUAUGAUGUUAUUUGCUGCCGCCCUGUCUUGCCUGGACCCCCCUGUAAACGAGAGGUCCCUCUCCAGGGUUGUCACCCGGUCAGCAGUGUUGACAGACUCCCAGUCUGACCCGCAGCACAGAGCACCUGAUUCCUCAGGCAAUGACAGGAUUACAUAUUAGAGGUACAGAGGGGGGAGUGGCAUCUGCCCAAGAGGUCCCACCCUGACAGAUAUAAACCCGUCCGCAGCAAUGAGACCGCACUCAAUAGAACUCAGCGAGUCCUGUCCUGAUCUGGGGUCCAUACGACGAAAAGAGAAGCCAUGAAACACUCCUUCCUCCUCCUCCUCCUCCUCACCACCACCUUACCAUUCAUCAGCAGCGAACAUUGGUGCUAUCAAUCUCAGGAUGAAUGCGAGGAGCAGUGCUAUGGGCCCAGCAAGUGGCACACUGUAUAUGCAAAAUGUGGUGGGAAUAAGCAGGCGCCUAUAAACAUUGUGACCAAAAAAACAGAGUCCAAUCCGAAACUGAAGCCCUUUACCUUUGAAGGGUAUGAUCGCGCUCAAGACGUCCUGGUCAAAAACAAUGGCCAUUCCGUUGAAACAGCUCUGCCGCCUGGUGUGAGGAUCACGGGGGCGGGUCUGGCGGACGCGUAUAAAGCUUUGCAGUUUCACCUGCACUGGGGCUCCGACGGGCAGGCUGGCUCCGAGCACACCAUCGACGGAGAGCGGUACCCCAUGGAGCUUCAUAUAGUGCACCUUAAAGAGCAGUAUCACCGGGAAGAGGAGGCAGUAAAUGACGCAGUAGGGUUUGCUGUGCUUGGAUUCCUGUUUGAGGAGUCAGGCGAAGACAAUCCCAGUUAUAAAGGUUUGAUCGAUGCCCUGGGAAGAAUCUCGCACUAUGGCUUCAACACUACAGUAAAAGACCUGAGAUUAGACGAUCUUAUCCCAAAGCAGGAAGACCUGGCUAGGUAUUACCGCUAUGAAGGGUCUCUGACGACCCCCGGCUGCAAUGAGGCUGUUGUGUGGACGCUGUUCGAGAAGCCCAUUCCGCUGAGCAGAGCACAGCUCACAGCUUUUUCUCAGAAGCUCUUCUUCAACACAGGGAAGCCCAUGGAACGGAUCUUCAGGCCCGUUCAACAGGCGCACGGCCGCACGGUGUACCGAUCCAGCAGCAGCUCUGUGCUGGCAAGCACUGCUGUGCUGUCAGCCUCUAUUAUAAGUACCCUGGGUUUCUGGUCAUUUCAAUUCCUUGAUUUGACCAGGUAGGACCAGUAGUACAGAGCCCUGUAUUGGGUUUCUGCUGCCCCUCCUAGAAUGAGAGUCCUGAGGUCUUCAAUGCCCACACUGUAGACCCUUGACAGAACCUUGUUUUGAAACCUGAUGUUGAGGACAGCAGCUGCCAGCGCACAGCGAUUCCUGGACUAAGCAUGCUUGGGUCUGGGGGAUUUGAUAGAGCUGGUUCAGAAGGAAUAGUGCCCCCCGCUGAACCACCAACGCAACUGCGGCACCUGAUAGAUUGCAGUGUUUGUGAAUUAUGUAUUGGUGUCAUGUACUGUAUAAUAGUAUUCAUUAUGAAUACAAGAAAGUGAGGGUUAAAUUCACAGAGCGUUUUACUCCAAAUGAAGUGCAAUUCUGACUCUGUGUGUAAAAUGACUUUGCAGACAGUGAAACUUUUACCUGACAGCCAUGAAUAUGUUGUCUGGAAAUGAUUGUCCAGUUUCCUAAAUUAUAAAGAUUGCUUUGUAAAAGUCAAGAAUACAAAACUGUGUCUUUUUUUUUACUACACACCUGUUUCCAUUGAAA